UUGGCCUGCAUGCCUCAAACCUCGUCCUUGGACUCCUCUGCUGUCAGAGACUAAAUGACAUCAUGAAGGACUUGUCUCUCUCCCUGCUGAGUCGGGGUUACAGCCGAUUCGUCUCGUCCAACACAAACGCGGGUAGACACGAUGGACGACUGGAAGUGUGCUUCACACCUGAGGAUUACUUCAUCUGGAAGUCCCGGGACUCUCUCCUGCGUUUGUCCGAGAGUGGCCGUCUGUUUGCGGAGGCGGAAUCCACCCUUCCAAAGACGUACAGCACUCGCAGGGGGCCACUCCUGCUGUACUCUCAGGACUUGGUUACUGUAGAAACAGGUCUUCAAUCCGAGAUGAGAGAGAGGAAGAAAAAGGUUGUUCAGCGUUACACACAGGAAGUGGAACAGCAGCUGAGCACCCUGAGGGAGCUGACAGCGGCCAUUUUGAACUACGGCAACAACCAGUUCCACUUCUCCAGACUUGGUCCACUCUUUUUUCCUCCUCUCCACGUCCCAAUUACUCCAGACCUCCAUCCUCUCAGUCCUUCACCAACCUGCACAACAUCAGAGCAGCCCAGUCCAGAUUUGCUAGCAAGGUUGAAUUCCCAACUGGGCUUCAGCCACGUUCCUGCAGAGAGAAAUACUGCACAGCUGACCAAUCAACCUGAAGAUAAAGAGGAGCAGGGCAGCAGGAAGAGAGUCAGGCUGGACCUCUUCCUCCAGGUUCCCUGCUCCACCAGGACUCCUUCUCCACUGAUGGAGCCUCAGCCCUGGGUACACUAUGUAGCAAUGACCCCAGAAGAACCACUGACUUACGUUGACAUUAGUCCACAGCAGCCUGACAGUUCACAGAAUAUCAAAACAAAUGAUCCGAGUGUGGGAGAGAAGCUGCACCAUCAAAACUCUGACUGUGAUGAGUCAGAAGGUCAAGGCGGUCACCAAGCUGAAAGAAGAUCUGCUGAUAUGAGUGAAAAAUCCAGCAGCAGGAACUGGCAUAGGAGGACAGUGAGACCGCGAGGUGUGAAGCAGCAGGCGAGCCACGAGCCUGAAACAAACACUACUUCAGGCCUUCUUCCUCCUCUAACUGGGGGACAACCAGUCUCUCCUGGAGCAUUCUGGGAGAAAUCAGACACGCUGAAGCGGGAGGGUCCCAGCAGAGAUGAACGCCACACUCAGCUCCUUCCGCCAAUAUCAGAGAAUCGAACUGGAACGCCAGAUUCUCCAACAAAGGUCCAGACCCAGCACGAUGUUCAACAGAGGUCAAAGAGGGUCGGAUAUCAGUGCAGAGACGACCUCAAAAGACUCCAUCAGCAGCCUCUCAGCCUUCCUCAGCUGGUUCAUGAAGAAUUAAGUGGAAAGAAAAAGUCUGGAGGAGGUGAAAUAUCACAGAGACACUACUUAAGAAAGGAGACAGUCGGACAUGGAGGAGGAGGAGGAGGAGGAAGAGGAGAGGGAGGAGGGAGACUGCCCUCUGAGAGAGGCUCUGUGAUAUUAUUGGCCCCUGGAGCAGAGCCUCCUCCUGCAGGAGUGUUGGGUUGUGUUGCAGGAAGGAAAGGUCCAGGUAAGCAGACAUCUUUGGCCUUCUUACAGAACCAGCUUCUCGACCUCCAGGACUCCGGAGCACCCGACGAUGACAACAGAGGGGUGGUGAGAGGCGUUCUGCCUCUGGAGCUGAGAGAUUUGAAGAACGGCCGAUCUGUUGGCUGUCUGAUUGUUGGUCCUGAUGGGGAGAUCCUUCGACUCUCUCUGUACGAUAACAGCCAGGACCAAACUGCCAGUGACGGCGAAACAAGGGAGCAAGCUCUCCAGGUUUUGUCUCCAGAAGGGGAGAAGUUACCCUGGGUCAUUAUGCUGCAGCCUGAGAAUACAGAUACAGGAGGGUCGGAGCAGAACACACACCUUCCUGAUGAACAUGUCCCGCUCCAUCAGUCCAUUCCUCAGGUAAAUCAGUUCACUCUUUGUCAUCAUGCAGAUGAUCCUCAGUCUGAUCAGGAACAAAUGAAACAAAACCAAGAAGCCAUCAUUGAAAUGUAUCAUCUCUCAGAUAUUCACAGAUCAGCGGACGUCUUUCCCCCCAGCAGCCUCACAGACUCAGGAUUUAAAUACAAAUCACAUGUGUUUGUCCCUUCAGUGGCUCAGACCAGGAAGAAAACAAAGAGUGCCGAGGCAGCAGUGGACACGUGGAAGUCAGGAUUAAAGGGUGCCAGAAACAAUGUUAGGAUGCCUCCAUUGAGGGAGAGGGUUGUUAGUACAGAGAGAGGAGGUGAUGCUGAAGAUGAGGAUGAAGACGAGGGAUUGCAGCAGCCGGGGCAGCAGAACAUCGACCCGAUCGAAGCAACAUCAGAGGACGCUUUGAAGAAGAGUGCUGAGGGAGCUGCAGUAACCACAAGUGAUAAGAAAACGGGGAAAAGUGAGGAAUCAGAUGGAGGGAAGAAGGCUUCGAGGAUGAGGAGAGAAGGAAGAUCAGAAAAAGAAAAGACAGGAAGAGAUGCUCCAUCAGUCGUCAGCAGGAGACGAGAGGAGAGGACCCUCAGAGGAGCAGCAGAGACUAAAGCCCCGUCUGCUCUGCUUUCCUGUCCUCGUCUGUAAAUCAAGAUGACAGACGUGAAAGGAACGAGAGGAGAAGGGCAGGAGAACGAGGAGAGAGAGGGGCGAGGAGAAGAGGUGAGGAGGAGGCAAGAGUCUGCUGGGAAGAGAAGAAGAAGAAGGCUGAAACACAAAGACUUAGUUUUGGGAAGCCCAGAGGACUCCCUGGAGAAUCAGGAGGCGGAGACACACCAAGAACUGAAAGAAGAGUCUCAUCCGGCAUCCCCAACAAAUCCCUCUGCAGCACAAAACCACAAGAACAGAACAAACUCAGAGGGAGACGCUGCAGAAACCGACCGUCUUUACACAGACGCUGACAAACUCGCCAGCGUGCGCUCGGUGAGCUCGCUCAGGUCGACUGCAGCUGCAUCACAGUCCACUCUGAAGAGCUCCAGGCGGUCUGUUGCAUCCUCCUGUGAGGGGGCGGGGCCAGCCAGCGCCCUGGGUCUCACUUCAUCACAUGGUCGCCUCUCGUCAUGUUCAACUGUCAUGGUAACUGAGGAACAGCUGAUGCUGAACCCGGCGAAACCAGAGGCGUCCAAGCCGAGAAAGAGUCAGAGAGAGGAGGAAGAGGAGGCGGCAGCGCUGCGUCUCACCCAGCAGGCAGAAAAACGGAGGCGGGAGGUGGAGAGGAAGAGGAGGGAGCGGGAGGAAGAGGCGAGGAGGCAGCAGGAGAGGGAGCAGACAGAGGACAGGAUGAAGAGCGAGCUGGAGGAGGAGAGAAGGAGGAGAGCUGAGGAGCUCAGAUUGAAGAGGAUGGCGGAGGAGGAGAAGAGGAGGAAGCAGGAGGAAGAGGAGCAGGCUCGAGAGAGACGGGAACAGGAGCAAAGAGAAAGAGAGAGAAGGAGGCAGGAGGAGAAGAUGCGUCAGAUGGAGAGACUCCAGAAGAUGAGAGAGGAGGAGGAACAGAGGAGGAGAGGUGAGGAGGAGGAGGGAGAGGUAGAGGAAGGAGACGAGCAGGAGGAGGAGAACAGGAAGUUACAGGAGAUGGAUGAGAAUGAGAGGGUGGAGUACCUCAGCAGGAAGGAGCAGGAGGAGGAGGAGAGGAGGAAGAACGAAGAGGAGCGGAGGAGAAGAGAGGAGGAGGCAGCUCUACAGGCUGCAGAGGACGCCAAGCUGCAGGCCGAGCUGCUAGCCAGACAGAUGGCGCUGUUGGAGCAGCAGUUGGCCUUUAAACGGGGGCUUGCGUUGGAGGCUGGGGGUCUGGAGAAAACUCAAGGAAUUUCCACCUGGGUUUACUCUUAUUUUACUUUGUUGCAGCUACUGGGUCUCAAUCCAACUUAACGUGAGGCCGAAGAUGACAGGACGCCUCCGUCUGAGAUCUUUCUACUCGGUCCCUCACUCAGCGACCUCAUGGAUUAGAUCCAGUUAUUGAAAAUGAGCACGUUCAUAUCGAUGCUCCUCGUCUUUUACUUGAAGAUAAAAAAACCCUUUACCAUCGUCUGUUUACCUUUGAGGGAUAUUCUCACGUUUCUACAAAAGAUCAAACUUUACAUACAUGAUGUUUUUCUUGUCUGCCUUUUUAAUGUUAUUUAGUUUUUUCUUGUUGAUAUUUAUCUUAUUAUUCUUACACUAAGAAAAAUCCUGACGAUGUUCAUACUCAGGGAGUAGAGACUGGUCGUUACAAAUAGAGCUGGCUCCCGGAGGAGGACAGACUCAGUGCGCUCAGUGUGACACCUUACAGGUAGAGACGGAGCUCCACCUCCUCACAUCGAGGCCAAAAUACCAGACUGUGAGAGAGGAAUACUUCCCCCAGAUAACACAUGUAAACCCUGAGUUUGAACAUACACCACACGUAUCUGCUAGAAGAAAAACAAAAUUGUCAAACACACAGA